CGGCGACGGCGGCCGUGCCUCCGCGCGGGCGCGCGGGCAUGCCGACACCCACUCGGCCGGUCCCGGCGUCCCGGCUCCCGGAAGCGGAAGGGGAGCGCGGCCCGGCCUGGGCGGCGGAGGCGCGGAGCCGAGUGGAGAGCUGCGGAGCGGGCGGCGGUACUUGCAGGGAACUGUUAAUGACGGGAGGCCCAUAUGAUGGAAUAAGUAAAUAAAGAAAUAAAUAAAAGAAUGACUCAAGAAGAUACUACUUCUCAAUGCAAGUGCCAGACAAAGUACAGCUCAUCUCAGUGAAUUUGCAAGUGAGCUCCUCUGUGUUCCCUGAGUCACAGUCCCUGGGAGGUAUUAUGACUUUUGGUGGCAGAUUGUGACCCUCCUGUGAUGCUCAGGAUUGUCUUCCUGUGGGUUGGCAGGCAGUUCUAGAACUGCAGAAUGGGUCUUCGGAUUCACUUUGUUGUUGACCCACAUGGUUGGUGCUGCAUGGGUUUGAUUGUCUUUGUCUGGUUAUACAAUAUUGUUUUAAUUCCCAAAAUUGUCCUCUUUCCUCACUAUGAAGAAGGACAUAUUCCAGGCAUUUUAAUAAUAAUAUUCUAUGGCAUUUCCAUAUUCUGUCUGGUUGCCUUAGUGAGGGCCUCCUUAACUGAUCCUGGAAGACUCCCUGAAAACCCCAAGAUCCCACAUGCAGAACGGGAGCUCUGGGAGCUAUGCAACAAGUGUAAUCUGAUGAGGCCAAAGCGCUCCCAUCACUGCAGCCGCUGUGGCCACUGUGUGAGGAGGAUGGACCACCACUGUCCUUGGAUAAACAACUGUGUGGGUGAGGACAACCACUGGCUCUUUCUGCAGCUGUGCUUCUACACCGAACUUCUCACCUGCUACGCACUGAUGUUUUCUUUCUGCCACUAUUAUUACUUUCUUCCACUGAAGAAGCGUAAUUUGGACCUCUUUGUUGUUCGGCAUGAGCUGGCUAUCAUGAGACUAGCUGCCUUUAUGGGCAUUACUAUGUUAGUUGGAAUAACAGGACUCUUUUAUACACAACUGAUUGGCAUCAUCACAGAUACAACAUCUAUUGAAAAGAUGUCAAACUGUUGUGAAGAAAUAUCGCGGCCCCGGAAGCCAUGGCAGCAGACCUUCUCAGAGGUUUUUGGCACUCGUUGGAAGAUCCUGUGGUUCAUUCCUUUCAGGCAGAGGCAACCACUGCGCGUUCCCUACCACUUUGCCAAUCACGUCUAACAGAUGGAUGGUGGGCACAGAUGGGUCCUCCAUGCUGGAAAUGCGUUACAGGUUUUAUGAGAAUAGAACUAUGACAGUCUUCAAGUCAAUUAAAAUCCACCCACCAAUCUUAGGCAUCAUAAUGUGCCCCAGGCUUUAUUUUAAUAGUGAUCUUGAUCCUGUUGUGGGACUAAUACAAGAUCUAUAUUUAAGUUUUAAAAGCAUGUUUACUUUCAAAUUAGCCUUCCACUAGGAUUUCUUUAAAUGCUUUUGUUACUAAACUCAAAAGGCAGUGAUUCGGAUGAAAUAAUUGUACAUAAAUUUCCUUCAGUACUCACAGUAUCUUAAAUUUUAAUUUAUAGGAAAUUUGAGAUGUUUAAUGUUUACCUUUAAGCAGUACUAACCAAAUUUGAAUUUAAUUCUUCAGGUUUACAAAACUUGGUACACUUUCUUAUGUGUAAAUUUUCUUUUUUGAAUAUGUUAAAAUUCUUUUCACUACGUCCUUUUCUAGUGCAGCAGGUUUUAACAUGCAGUGUAGGGUGAACAACCAAGGGCAGUGCUGGCCGAGGAGCAGCCCUCUGAGCCUGCCUUCUUUCCUGCUCAUCAGAAGCGAAGUAAGGUACACGAGUAAUGCCCCAACUGCUACCUUAUUAUAAAGGAGAACUUAGCUGUCCUUUCCGCUGCGAUCAGUGAUUGUUAUAGAAUGUUUGCCCCAGGAAAAAUUAGUGACCAGUCAAGCAUAUAUUCCUAUUUUGCCCUAAGAUUCUAAAGACUGAAAAGAAUAGGAAGUUUGCAAUAAUUCCAGUUACUUCUUCAAGUGCAGUUAUAUCAGAAUGCAGAUGUUUUAAAAUGCUAAUAUAACUGGAUGGUGUGUAAUACACAGUAUACAAAGGAAUACUGUGUUUUAAAGUAUGUAUAUUUUUACUUACCUGCCAGUAUAUCUCACUAUACACAUUGAUGGUUUAUAUAUUAUAUAAUAGAUACUGGUCAACUCAGAUCAAACUUUAAAAGUAGGUCAUUAACUUUAUAUAUCAGUAAUCACCCAGGUUGAAAUUGAAUUUCCAUUGCCCAGUUAUGAUUUACAUCACUCUAGAGACCUUGUAUUAAUAACUGAUGCCAGGAAAUUAUCUUAAAGAAGAAUGGUCCAUGGUAGUGAUGGUCCUUGACAUGGAGCCUUUUUGUAUUUGAAGACAUUUUGUAUAAUUUAAUUUUUUCAUUUAGAACACUGCAAAUCCAUAUGUUUGAAAAGUGUGUGUGCUAGUGAUCUUUCCCCUGAAAAUAAUAGUGAAGAAACCUACUACUCCUGAACCAUAUACAUACUUUUCUUAAGGUCGUUGUAAAGUACAGAAUCAUAGCUGGGAAAUGCUGAGACAGAGAUUAUUAUUGUUAGCCAGUCAGCUGUACUGUGGCUAGUUCUUUCAGAUACUGUAAAUGUCUUAUAAAAUAUUCUGAAGUAAUAGAAUAAGCUCUUUUCAGAAAUAUUAAUGCCAUAUUUUCAUGUUCUAAUUAUGUUUAUUAUUUAAAGUCUUAGAAGUGGCAGAUGAAAAUAUUUAUUGGUGCUAAGACAUUUAGUAAGUUUAAUAUAAGAAACAUUUAUAAAGGUUAGGAAACAUAAAAUUAGUAUGUUUAUUUUAAGAAAAGGGGUUGGAUUUUGUGCAAGCUGAUUGACUAAAUUGGCUGAUGACAGAUUCUAAAAGGAAGUGGUGUAUAUAUAAUGUAGGGAGAUACAAGUUGAUGCCUUCAGCUGUAUAUAUUCUAUUCACAUAAGACCUGGAGCAUCCAUAGCAGAGCCAAAUAAAGGCCUGGUAUGGAGCUUUGUAGACUUGCUUAUAUUCUGGAGUAGCAGUAGCUCUGACACAAGGUAAUGGGAAUGGUCUCUUUCCCAUGCUGAGGAUUUGUGGGUAUGGUUUUCUUAGGUUUACCACUUCUAAGGCACAUUCUCUUCCCUUUGUCUUUACUCUCCCGGGUCCUGAUCCUCUCCACAGUUUCUUUGAGUCAUUGGACUACAAACUAAUGCACUAGUUUGAGCUACAGAAAUGCUACUGUCAAUGUAUUUACAUAAUCUAUAUUGCAGUAUAUCUAUAUAUACUUAUGCAGUAUUGUCAAAUGUAUGUCUAACCCCACGAGGGGUUUGUAAUCACUGUUAGAUUCCUGGAGAAAUGCCUAUUGGCCAUUUCCUAGGGAUUAAGCUCCUAUGUUCUUUCUGCGCCCUCUUUUGGCUAAUUGAUGUAAUUAUACUGGCUCUAGGCUUUCACUGUCCCAUUAGUGGGUUGUAUCUCCAAUUUGUGAACAUGUCAGAGGUACACACUUAUGGGAAUAUAUGUAGAAAAGUGUAAAAUUUUAUGAAAAUUGAAAAUGAAUGUGUUACUGUUGGUGAUGCUCCUUCUAGGUAAAUUGCUUGGCUUCAUGUAUGUGUAUUCUUGUACACUUUACUGUCAAUCACAAAUUUAGAUUAGGAUAAGCUAUUUCAUAUUUUACUUUAAACCUUAUUUUGGUAAUUUAAUUUGUUAUCAUUAUGAAGACUUACUUUAAAAUUACUAUUUUAUUACAGAACAAAACAUUUAUUACAAUUGCUGUGGCAACCAUGUUAUCCAGUGUGUUUUACUGAAUAUCUAAAAAAUACAUUUAAUUUUUCAGUUCAGUUUUGGAAUGGUCUCACACAUACACAGACUCAAUUGCCUUAAAAUAAUUAAUAAUUGAUUAAUAAUACUAUUUUUUCUUUGCUUUUUAAGAAACCUUCUCAGUCAGUUAAACCUGUAGAUUCCAUAGUUGCCUCCCUCGUCACUCUGAAUAGCCCUGGGAAUGACUGCAUGUGUGGCGUGCUGGAAAGCAACUAGCAGUGAGAUUGCCUUUCAGUCUGUAUAUUAUGUUGAAGUAUUUAUUUAUAAGUUUCCCAUUUAAGUUUAGCAAAAUAUGUGUUAAAUGAUAUUUUUCCAUUAGCAGAAUCAUUUCUUGGGCUUCUGGAGUUAAAUUUUAUUACUAGGCUGCAGUUACACUUGGUAAACAAUUAGGGUUGGGCCUGCAAGGUGGCUCAGCACAGAAAGGCAUUUGCUGUGCAAGACUGGUGACCAGAUUGUUUCCAGAACCCAUUUAAAGGUGAAGGUAAGAAAAAACAAAACAAAAACCAAACCUGACUCCACAGAGUUGUUCUCUGACCUCUGUGCACAUGCCUUGGCACACAGGCUCCCUCCCCAGCAUCAUGCUUGUGUGCUCGUGCGCUCUCUCUCACACACACACAAUUUUUAAAACUUUAAUUAGAUAAGUUUAAUGUAGGCAACAAUGGACUUAGUUCCGAGUCUCCUAAACAUUAAGUGAUCUAUUAAAGAGUCUUGGUACUUUGUAACCAGACUUGUUUCAAAUUACUAAGCUAGCUGAUGUUACAUGAAAAUAAAAACACUAUUUUGUUUAAAAAUUGUUUUAAAAUAUUUUAGUUAACAUAAAAGAGCCAUUUACAAUUGUAGCUAACAUAGUAACUCUGUUCCGGAAGAGAGUUUACUUAAUAGUAAUAAAGUAGGGGCUGGAUGUACCUCAGUGACAUACACAAGAGGCCCUGGUUCAAGCCCAGGAGGAGAAAGGGAGAGAUGUAGAGGAAGUGAGGCAGCCAUCUCCACUAACACUAGAACAUCUCACUAAUGUGGAGAGGUGGCUCCAGUAAGGAUGGUAGCUCAUUCUAACCAGUCUUAAUCGACUUCAAGUUACUUCCAAACAGGUAACUGUUUUGUGUAAAGGAUGUGUUAAUUCUAAACACUAAUCACAAAGAUCCAAAUUAUGAGCACACUUCUCAACAGGAAGUACCAAUGAAUUUAGAUGAAAGCCACGUAGUUUCCUAUGUUAGAUCAUAGGUAGUUUGAAUGUUCUUACAUGUAUUGCUAAAAAUCACAACCUGUCUUGCAGUGGCUUAAUAUGGCACUAAUAUUCAUUCACAUUUGCUGAUUUUUGUCUAGACUGUCUGUUCUCUGGCUAGUUAGUGCUCUUGUAUGUCAUGUGUCCGAUAACCUAGCUACAGUUCACUAAACUAUAGAAGUUCAUUAUGUAAAUUUUGACAUGAACUCUACUACAUAGAUAUAUUGGGAAUUUAUUACAAACAUUAUGUAAUUUACUAAUAGUUAAAACAUUAGACUUUCAUCCACCUCUAUUAAUGCUUUGAAAAUUACAAGUAUUGGCAAAUGUAGAUAGUAAGUCCUAUAAACUUAGUGUGUUCUACUUGCUAGUAUUAUUGACCAUAUAGUUAACUAAUGAGUGAGUAUAUGAUUCAGUACCCACAUCUGUUGCCUCUUGUUGUAGGUACCAUGCUCAGAAUUUAUCUACAAAUACAGAUUUUAGGAUAGUUAUGUUUAGCUGUUCUUAGAUUCUACAGUACUCUAUAGCAGAUGUGGGGAAAGAUAGAAGCUGUUUACUUGAAGUAUUUUAUACCAGUAUUGUCAUUGACCAGAGGAACCAAUAUUUAGCAUUUAUGCUGCCUUUGUGAUGGUUUAACUUCAAGAAGUGACUUUUCUCACUUCCCUUGUCUUUCUGCUUUUUUUAAAAACAAAAUUUAUUUUUAAAAGCCAUUUUGUUAAAACCAAAUAACAUUUUUAUCAGUUCUUUAGAUGUGGCAAUAUUAUCUGCUAGUGAUAAUUUGAAACAAAUUAUUAUUAUUAUUUGAAGACAGUGUUUCACUGGCUUUGAACUCAGAAUCCUCCUACCUUUGCCUCCCAAGUUCUAGGGUUACAGUCAUAUGCUGCUAUGUUUGGCUUAAUGCUUAACAUUCUUGAGUCGUUGGUAUUACUGAUGCCAUUAUCAUAUCUUUUACUAUAUUGUUGUUUUUCCUCCUCGCAUACCCUAGAGUUCAGGUACCAAUGAGCAGCAAAUAGCCAAAAAUUGGAUAAAGAAAGUAGGAACAUUAGUAAGAUAGAGAGAAGGCUGAAUGGACAUGAAUAAUCAGCCUCUCUGCAAAAGAGUUGACUAGGCCUGGGACUGGGAUAUCAGAGACUCCCCUUGCCAUCUCCUGGUCCCCGGCUAGCACUGUUUACUGUAAGAGUCUUUGGUUCUGGAAAGCAUCUGCUCUGACUUAUUUCAUCUCCACUUAAUUGGUCUUUCUCUUCAGCUGGCCAGAUGCUCUUGAGAGAUGGUUUUUAAUUUUAGAGAAUUGUGUAGGAUAUGUUAACCUGCAUCGUUUUUAACAUGCACAUGUUAAAAAUAACAUGGAAGUGCAGCUGUGUAAUACAGAGGAGAAAUCAUAGGUUGCCCGAAGUUUGAGAAAACAGGAACCUAUUUUAGCAGUCUCUUAGGGCAAAAAAGAACACUGAGUCACCAGAGAAAAUCAACAGUUGAGGUAUGAAGGAUGGUUUACACUUUAAAGAUUGGGGUCUUCUGCUGUUCUUAAGACCCUGGAGGUCUUUGUUUCUGUUGGCAUUUUUAAUUCAUUACCUCGUGUGUGUGCUGGUAGUGCUUCCCACACUUGCUCAACUGUAUAAUUAACUAAUUACACACAUAUAACAUAUUUUUCAUCUCAGAAGCUUUAUAUGUAAAGAUGUAGCCCAAACUGCCAUAACCAGGCCAUCUCCUUUUGUAGCUUUGCUUGCCCUUUUCACUCAGCACGGUGUCUGAUCGUUUGUAGGCUGUCCGUUAAGAGGGAAGAUUGUGUGCGUACUGUGAGCUUUGUGUCCGAGCCAGUGUGGAUGGAUGGUGUUCUAACCUACUGGUGCCUGAAGCUUGUGUUUUACAACCUGAGCAACUAAAACAUCCUGGUGCUAUUCACUUUAGCUUUGAGUUACAGUCUUAAUUCUUGAACCAAAGAGUUAAUUUUCUUUUUGGUUGGCUGGAAGUUAGCUUCUCACAUCUAUGUCUGAAGAAGUGAACAGCUGAUGGAACUUUCUUUCUCUGUGUGCUAGCUUGGCAGAGUCAGUUGAAAAUGAUUGUUAUUUAGACUUAGUUUUUAUUCUGUUAUGCAGAAUGGUGUGGGUUUUAAUUUUGUAUUUUAAUAUAGUGUGGCUACUUUAUAAGGUCUUUUAAUAGCUGAAGCUACUAAAAUUCUCGAAUCACUUUUCCCCUUGGUUUCACUUUGGCAGAGAAGAAAAACAUUAUUUCUAUAAGCAAAGCAUUCUAUUAGACACAAAUGCUGAAAGAAAGGACAAAUAAUGGUCCAUUUUUAAUUACAAGUCAAGCAUUUAGCAUUUCUCUCUAUGUGGAUAUAAUCCUUAAUGACUUAAAGAAUGGUAUAGCUAUUUGCCUGUGUUUGAAAAUAAGAUGAAAUUAAAGGACACUUUAAAAAAUAUAAGUCAUAUACACACUUUCCCAAUAGGAAAUGCAAAAGUACCUUGACUUGAGCAAACAUCCUAACAGAAGUUGAGCUUUAUAACAGAAGCAGUCUGGAUGCUGCUGCUUACGUGGAAGUUAGAGUGAGAUUGUUUUACAAACGAAUUUUUUUAGUGAUUCAUUUCACAUGACUGGCAGAACACAGUCCUACGGAUGGACUUGUCUGGGGUAAUACUGCUGCAUGUGAUUGGUGUCCCUGUUCUUCCCCAGAAACUCUACAGACACUCAUCAUUGUCUCCUUAAAACUGAAGCUGAGUGACUGACAACAACUCAGGCCAGGAAGUGACAGAGCAGGCGGCUGGGAAAGUCGACAGUCUCACUGACAAUGCUGUGUUGUUUCCAUCGGCUUCAGUCUGUAUCUCCUUAAUGUUGAUCCAGUAUGUGGUUUGGCAGUGAAUUCCGAAUGGAAAAAAGAAUCAAGUCUAAAACUUGAGAGGUGAUGAACUCAUGUGCAUGAAGUAUGUCUAGAUGAGCAGAUAAGAGAGGAAGCAGGGCCUGGGUGGGGAGGGUGGCACUGUGUCCCUUGUGAGUUGUGUCGCCACUGGAUUGACUCUUAAGAAUCCUACUGCUUGUCCAUUGUUCAAAAGGCAGAAUGUAGUAAUGUUUCCCAAGUUGUAGAUAGGAACAAAUUUACCACUGCUUUCUGUGUCUUGGUGUGAUUAUUAAAAAGCAAAGAAAAAAUUAAUAUAGAUAGAAAAAAUCAACUGAAGGUAAAAAAGGAAGAAAUUCCACCCCAAUCAGAGGUAUUUAAAUCAAUGGGUUGUGAGCCCAAGGACAGAAGAGGCUCUUGGGAAAACAGAGUUCGUGGACCAUGAUAGAUGAGCACACUCUGGCAAGUGCAAUCACCACCCAACACCUGUGUCAUUUUGAGACUCCUAAAAUUUGAUGUCAGCCCCAAUUCUCACAUAUUCCUAAUGAAAGACCCUUCCUGAGUUUUAGUAAUGGUAUUCCUGUAGGUGUCUAGGAAGACCCUGUCUUUAGUAAUGGUAUUCCUGUAGCUGUCUAGGAAGACCCUGUCUUUAGUAAUGGUACUCCUGUAGGUGUCUAGGAAGACCCUGUCUGGAAGCUUGCCGUGUGCUGCUCAUGCAGCUGUAGUGUGGGGGAGUCCGCGGGCGAUUGCCUGCCUCGUCUGCUGUUUUGCUUUGUCUUACCCUAAGAAAAUCUUCACUAACAUCCGAGUGUAAUGAGGAGGAGGAGGAGGGUGCGUAAGAGAAGCGAGAGUGCUUCGAGGAGAGGGAGGAUGCUGAGAGGUGGGAACCAUGGGAUACCCUCAUUUGUCUACAUGAGAAGUCCACACUGGUUCUUGGAGGGAAGACGAACUGUGUAUCUACCUUAAGAACAACAUUGCUCUUAAUUUAUUUUAGUGAUUUGUUUUAUUCAUGUAAUGUUCUAUUUUCUUUGCAAAUUGCUUUUAAUUUAAAUUGUGGAAUUUUUACUUCUCUUGAGAUGUACUAUGUACUGUAUUUUUAGAAAUCUUAUUUUUAAAUAAAUAUUUUUGAAAAACA